AUGUCGGCUCUUGUGGCGCUAUGCAGAGCUCGAGCUGCUGCUUCGUCUUCUUUACUUAAAGGCGUUGUUCGUCCAGCAUUUCGCAGUUUCUCCACAGCAGGAUAUGCUGAUGCACGAGACAGAACAAUGGUGGCGGAAAUGGAAGAAAAGAUGUCCCACAUGGACAUCAACACGAUGAUAGGAAGCUCCAUGCCGCUAGGCAUGAUGCGGAUAGGAACAAUCAUCCACAACAUCGAGAUGAACCCAGGGCAAGGCGCCAAGAUGGUCAGAGCCGCAGGAACAAACGCCAAGAUCUUGAAGAUCUUGGAGCCAGCUAAAGGCAAGUGCUUGAUAAAGCUUCCAUCAGGGGACACCAGGUGGCUCAACGCCAGAUGCCGUGCUACGAUUGGGACGGUGUCGAACCCGUCUCACGGAGUGAAGAAGCUGUAUAAAGCAGGACAGAACAGGUGGAGGGGAAUAAGGCCUACAGUGAGAGGAGUGGCGAUGAAUCCGUGUGAUCAUCCACACGGUGGUGGUGAAGGGAAGAGCAAGAGUAGUGGAAGCAGAGGAAGGACUUCGGUUAGUCCUUGGGGGAAACCUUGCAAAGGUGGUUACAAAUCUGCUAGUGUCAAGAAGAAGAAGAAGCGAUUGGCGGCUCGAGAAGCCAAGAUAUGA